AGAACCACCAACAAAACAAUCACAGAAUACCACAAUAACGUCUGCAAAUCAGUUUGUCAUCACAAUAUCCAAUUCAAGUGUUGAAUGAGAGAGCAAUCAAUUCCAAAAACGUAUUUCCUUUUGCAUGCAUGUGUGGCUCAAACUACUUCCCUUUGAUCAAAGAUGAAUAGCGACUCCAUCAUCAAAAAUCACACACACAACACACAGUGACACCCCCCCUCCCAAAAAAAAACCAGAGAAAAUAACUAGUAGAUAUGUCGAACGAUCAAAGAGCUCUAACUCUAGCAAACGCCUUGGACGACGGGGACGACGGCGGCUCCCCGGCCGUCAGGGACAUCCACGCCCUGACGCCGCCCCGUGCCCCACGGGCGGCGUGGGAGACCGGCAGCCAUAGGUCAUCAUCCCUCUCGACGGAGGGCGGGGGCGAGAACUUCAGCAGCAUGAGCAGGGAGUUCAACGCCCUCGUCCUUGCGGGGGCCACCAUCGGUGAACACGAGUCGGGCUCGGGUAGUUUGUUGGGGCGGAUAAGGGAGGAGGGGAAUUUCCAAGAGGAGACCAACCCCUUGGCGAUCGUGCCGGACACCAGCGCGCUGGAUCCCGUGCAAUCGCCUCGGGGCAGGCGUGCCGGCCAUAACGGCGGCGAGAUGUCGGUGCAUAGGGUGAAGAAAGAGGAGGUGGAGUCCAAGAUUCAUGCUUGGCAAAAUGCCAAAGUUGCCAAGAUUAAUAACCGGUUUAAGCGUGAGGACGCCAUAAUCAAUGGAUGGGAAGGGGAGCAAGUGCAGAAGGCCACUUCUUGGAUGAAGAAAGUUGAGUAUGAAAAAUUUGCAGAGGAAGCUAGAGGAGAAGAGAGCAAAAGCACAGGAGAAAAUGCAGAAUGAGAUAGCGAAAGCACACAGAAAAGCAGAGGAAAGGAGGGCUUCUGCAGAGGCCAAGAGAGGCACCAAAGUGGCCAGAGUUCUUGAAAUAGCUAACUUGAUGAGGGCCGUCGGCCGGCCCCCCGUCAAGCGCUCCUUCUUCUAAAUCACCAUCUAAUUAUUAAUAUGUAAAUAUAGUUUGCAGUGUACAUAUAUAUAGAUGAUGUUGAAGAGGAAACCCCCUCAUUUUUGAACCUUAAAAGGGGAGGGGGUCUUUGUAUUGUGUGGGAGAGUUGCCAAGCAGAAGCAAUGUGUGUGUGUGUGUGUGUGUGUUGUGUCAUAGUUUUGUGUUUGUGAGACUCUUUUUUUAUUUAUUUUGUUGCAAUGUUGCUGCCUUUGUCUCAUCUUAGAUGAGCUAGCUCUUCACUGCUUAAUUAUUUACGUCUUGCAAUGUUUACAUUAUUUUU